AUGUCUUUUCUAAAUUCUGUAUGGUUGCUAUAUUUUGUAAUAUUUUGUAUUGGAAUAAUAUUUCUUGGAUACAAAUAUUUCACUAGACAUUUUGACUAUUGGAAAAAGCGAGGGGUGUAUACUUCAAAACCAGUUCCGUUUUUUGGCAGUCUUUACGAUGUUGCUACAUUCAAAUUACCUUUAUAUGAAUUGGUGAAAAAGCUUCACGAUGAGACUGACGAACCAUAUUUUGGAAUGUUUCUUUUUGAUAAACCGAUUCUGGUAGUUAAAUCACCGAAAUUAGUUAAAGAUAUAUUGAUAAAAGAUUUUAACACGUUUGAUCGGGAUCUACUUGUAUCUAAUGCCAUCUUUUUAUUAAUAGCUGGUACAGAAACAUCUGCUUCUAUAAUUUCUUUUGCCUUAUAUGAAUUAGCUUUACAUCCAGGUAUACAAGGAAAGUUAAGAAAUGAAAUUAAAGAUAAUUAUGAAAUGUACAAAGGCUUUACGUACGAAGGAGUUCUGAAAAAUAAAUAUUUAGAUAUGGUUAUUCAUGAGACUAUGAGAAAAUACGCUGUCUUACCAUUUAUGGAUAGAGAGGCUAUAACCGAUUAUCGUCUGGAAGGAACAGAUCUUGUCAUUGAAAAGGGAAUGAUCGUUUACAUUCCCUUAUUUGCUAUAAUGAGGGACUCCAAAUAUUUUCCCAACCCAGAACAGUUUGAUCCUGACAGAUUUGCUGAUAAUAAUUAUAACUCAGAUGGUUUGGUGUAUUUUCCAUUCGGAGAAGGGCCAAAGGCUUGCAUUGGUAAACGCUUAGGACUUUUAGCUGUAGCUUCAUGUCUCUCACAUAUUCUCUUAAACUUUAAUAUUGAGAAAUGCGAAAAUACUCCUGACCCAGUUGAAUUUGAGAAGAAAUCAUUUGCCCUACAGUCAAAAUGCGGACUUCCAAUAACAUUUUCUCGUUUACCAUAA